AUGGCAUCGGCCCAGCGGCCAGGGCCCACGAUCGUUGCUCUAGACGAGGAGGGUGCUCCUGCAAGAACAGUUCCAACCGCUACUCCGCACUUACGGCAGGGGGAUGAAUCUGGUGCAUCGUCAAGUAGCAGCAGUGUCGCAAGUUUAGCCAGCGCCGUCGGGCCACGGGCUGGAGGCGUAGAACUUGCUCUUCCGUCUCCGCACGGCGAAGCGGUUCUUCCAGAACAUUAUCGGGAAGUGUUGCAGCAGCUGGGGAUUCAGACACGCGAACAAAUUGCUGAGGCGUUUCGGUUUGCAAUAAUUGGAGGCCUGUUCGGGUCGCAAACUUUCGACCAGUUUUCGGCAGAGUACGACCGAACGACUGACGCGACGCGUUCUUCUUUCAACAGAGAACAGCGACUGCAAAUCUUUAAUUGUGGCGCGUGGCUUACCGCGCAGGCAGGAACCCCAGAAGCGCAAGAAGCGAAAAAGUUAGUUCUGAAGUGGUUGCUCGGGCAGGGAGCGGGAGCUGGUUGGGGGCUUGUAAAAGACGUUGGCAGUUAUUUUAAUCCGAUGAAGUUGGUUCGGCCGCGCAAGUGGGCACUUUCCGGCCCUGCAGGCCAUAACAAUGAUGAACCUGGUGGAUUAGUGCGAGUUGCUUCACCCGAAGCUACCGCGGCACCUGUGACCCCACCAUCGUCAGGGGCUAUGCCAUCAAGGGACGAGGAAGCGCGAGCUGGAGAACCUGGUCUUGGUGCGGCGGCUGCACCUGUCGCCCCGUCGGGGCAAGGCUCUGCGGGUGAGGUAGUUCCACAUACAGGAGGGCCGUCGGACGCCGUAGUGACGCCACCUGGAGCAAACGCCCCAGCACAACAGGACGCGGCAGCAGUGGCGUCGUCAGGAUCCCGGUGGUACAAGCCCUGGACUUGGGGUAGUUCCCGAAGGACUGAACCCACUGCACAACCCGUAGCGACAGAGGACUCUCCUGCGGGGGCAGAAGGAGCGAGUCAACCAGCAGCACCGCCUUCCUCGGCACGCGAGACUACACAGCGUGGUGACAAUUUUGGCGCUCAAAGCGGUGCGAGCGCUUCGCGGCCGUCCAAGUACUAUGCGAACCGGAUAGCGUCGCAAGCAGCCUCUGCUUUUGUUCGACGCGGAAAAACAUUCUUAGCAAGGGGCGCCAGAAGUAGUAGCCGUCCUGAGCAGGCAGCGGAUAGUGCAGCAGAAACGUCGGUGGAACAAACUGGACGUCAGACAGGCAUCGAAGUUCGUCCGGCUUCCGAAGGAGGAGAGCAGAGCGAUCACGGCGAACAGUCAGAGAACCGUAGCGCAGAGCCGCCGGCUGAGGUCGCAGGGGGUGGUAGUGGUGGUGGUGGUGAACAGGAUCCUGCAAGAGCAGAAGAUGCUGCACGGUCAGCAUCGAACGGUCCGCCGGGUGCCGGUCCAGCUGUCGCGGUCACAAGUGAUGCUGCCGCGAAUCAAGCGAAUGCAAAUGAAGGUACACCAGGCCGAUUAGCCAGCAUUCGUGCCCGUUUACCAAGCUGGCCGAGAUGGGGCCGACGUGGCCCCUCGGGUUGAGCACACUAGUUUAGACGCGCGGUGGAAUACUCGACUUGUAUGAUUGACUGCGUUCUCGCGACGUGGCCGGGGCCUUAUCGGGGUAGGUUCAGAGUUGCCUACAGCGGAAGUUGUGUAGCAGAGAGCUGCACGGGCAGCAUCGUGUAUGACUUUUAGCUUGUCAGGACCCCAAAGAUGAAAUGCCUGCCCAGCAAGUUUUGGUGAUUUUUGGAAGAGCAUUACACCAUUUUGAAGCGACAAAAAUAAAACGACAAUUUGGCACGUUCUCGUGGCCCAUAGAAACUAAAUUAGAGUAUAGAACUGCCGAGCAGAGGAGUGCUGCUCGGUUGCAACGUUCGGUAGCCCCGGCAUUGCAAGAGUAAGUAGCCAUUUAGUUUCUCCCCCGUCUAGUAUGAUGAAUUAGUAUUCUUCUACGGUGUUUGAAACCGCUUUUCCGUAAGACAGAUUUAUGGCAACCCCGUUUGAGUACCCAACAUUGCUUCCGUACCCAACAUAAGCCGCCUACUACUUUUAGAUAGUCGAAAAACCUUCGCUGAUCUUGGUAAAAACCGCAAUGCAAUCUUCAAGAGACUUGGGAACUAGCAAAAACCACAUUCUCCAUGAAAAAUGAAACAGUAUGC